CUCCCGGGUCCUCCUCCUCCCUCAGCCCUGGUCCCUCCCUCCAGCCUCCACCUCCUCACCGGGGCUCUGUGUUAUAUGCAAACCGAGCAGCAGACACCUCCCUCCGCAGUUCAGGCUGAACUUUCAAUGGACGUACUCUUCUAACCGAACUUUCUUCUCCCGUUUGCCCGCCAGAGGAGGAAGUGAAGCCCGGGGCGGUUCACCUCACCUCUCCGCUGAAACUGCGACUCAUCCCGGGGAACCUGUGCAGGAGGAAUACCUCCAUUUGAACUUCCGGACAAACUUCCUGCUGCUGGUGUUCUUCUCCCCGUCGCGUCGGGUCUGAUCCUCCCAUCGACCACCAUGUCUCUCCGGACCAGCCAGAAGACGACCAGCACCUCCUACCGGACCGUGAACCUGGCCCCGCAGGAGCAGGUGUCCACCACCUCCUACCAGACCGUGAACUUGGCCCCGCAGGAGGAGGUGACCAGAACCUCCUACCGGACCGUGAACGUGGCCCCGCAGGAGCAGGUGUCCACCACCUCCUACCGGACCGUGAACGUGGCCCCGCAGCAGCAGGUGACCGGCACCCUGAUCUCCUCCGGGUCCGUGUCCCCGCAGAACGACUUCCCCUACGAGACGGUGCGGUACCUGGUGCCGAUGCAGCAGGGCAUGCAGCAGCACCAGAACUUCGUGAUGAUGCCGCAGCAGGUGAUGCAGCCCAUGAUGCAGCCCAUGAUGCAGCCCAUGGUGCAGCCCAUGAUGCAGCAGGUGGUUCGGUGCGUGUCCCCCAUGUACGUGCAGACCCUGCCCCGCCAGCGGAAUCUGCUGAGCGUCAGCAGCCAGGAGUCCGACCUGUACCUGCAGCAGCAGACCGUGGAGAGCGUCAGCGGGAAGUCGUCGAUGUACAGCCUGUCGUCCAGUCCUGUCAAGAGCCCUGAGCCGAGCGCUGAGGAGUUUGACAGACAGGUGUUUGCAGAGAGUGAAGGUGCUCUCUGUGUGAAGAAAGAGGAGGAGGAGGAGGAGGAAGAGGAAGAAGAAGAGGAAGAAGAAGAGGUGGAGGUGGAGGAGGUGGAGAUCAUCAACGUCAUAACACAGAAGCCGCCGCCGGCGAUAGAGAGGAUCUCCAGGACGGAGGUGAGGAGCGAGCUGAGGGAGGUGCCCCAGCCGACCAAGAUGGACACGCGCUACUUCGGAGAGCUGCUGGCCGACGUCUACAGGAAGAACUGUGACAUCCACUCCUGCAUCUCGGAGCACGUGUCCAAGAUCCGUGGACAUAAACAUCAGCUGGAUCCCAGCAACGACUACAAGGUGGAGAAGGAGGAGGUGGAGGCCUUGAUUCCCAAAGGAGGCACUGAACUGACCAAGCAGCAGAUCCGUUACCUGCUGCAGACUCGUCUCACUGCAGAUAAGAGCAUGCGCCUCCUGCUCUCCACCUUCAGCAGUCUGAGGGAGGAGCUCCUCCACAUGUCCGAGGACCUGCGGCGUCUGGAGAUGGAGAAGGAAUCACUGGAGCGAGAUCUGAGCUUCAAAGCAGACCAGGCCAAACAGUAUGAUGUCCUCCUAGAGGCCGUCCGGGAGAACAACAGGCAGCUGCAGCUGUCCCUGAAGGAAACCAGCACCUCCCAGCGCUCCCUGGAGAGCCAGCUGUCCAGCAGCAGAAACACCGACUCCAGCCGCGAGUUCCAGGUCAAGGAGCUGGAGGGACGGAUGAGGGCGCUGGAGAAAGAGAACGAGAUGCUUCGAACCAAGCUGGCGGGUCAGGGCAGCAGCACCACCCUGCACAUCAAGACGGAGGAGCUGUCCCGCCAGUACAAAGAUCAGCUGAGCGCCAUGAGACAAGAGAAAGACUCAGAGAUAACCAGGCUCAGGACCCAGAUCACACGGAUCCAGACGGAGACGACCAGCGAGAAGUCCUCGUCGGACAAGAGCCUCCACCUGAAGAUCUCAGAGCUGCUGGUCAUGUUGGAGCAGCGGCAGACCACCAUCACCCGGCAGGAGGAGGAGAUCCAGAAGCUGAUGAGGGAAAAGAACGACAGCUCCAAGAACGUCACCAAGACCACCAUCACCAAGAGAUACAGGAACCAGUACCCCAUCCUCGGUCUGCUCGGCGACGACUACAUUUCGAGUUCUUCCUCCAACAUCAAAGAGGACAAGACCAUCACAAUCGAGAGAACUGGAGAGAUUAUCAAACAGGAAAUCAUUACUUCACCUUAAAGACACACUGCUUCUCUCCGACAGGAAUGAUUGAACGACAAGAAGACGUCCUGUCCCCCCCCCCCCCCCCC